UUCUGGCGGAGUUGGUUCCAGACAGUACAUUACACACACACAUGCUGAAGCACACGUGCCACUCUAGGUCUUCCUCUCUAGACCAGUUCUCCUCUGCAUCUGCUCUCUCCUUCUCCUACCUCACCAUGGAAGCACAUCAGUGAAGUGGAUUGUUUGUCCUGUUUUUUCCUGUUCUCUCCUCUGCACCUCAUUCUGUGUGUUUGGGUGUCUGUUCCUGGCUGGGAAUUCUCAUGUCUGCGACAGUGCUGUUAGGGGCAACACUAGGUACUGUGUCUGGAGUGCUGACACUUUGUGGUCUCUCCUUGCUUUGCAAGAGCUGUAAGAAGGGGAAACUUGGGGAUGACACUGACCCAGAGAAAGCCAAACCAAGCAUCCUGCACACUCUCACGCAGUUCAGUGUGCAAAAGUUGACGGAACCGAUCCAGCCUCAAGUAUCAUUGAAGUUCCCGAAAAUAUACUGGCCCAAACCUUCCGUCCCUUCUCCAGAGGUAAUAAACUACAAAGAUCAUGGAGCUGCCGGCGACACAUCUGCUGCCGAGCUCGACACCUGUAACCAGGCAACAGGAUGUGAUGAGGUCUUCUCCCUCCCGCGGCAAGCCUCUGCAGAUGAGACACCCUGCGUUUCUGAGCAAACUGGUGUUAUGACGACAAGUAACUCCAUCCUGUAUCCCAAAUUGCACUUCUCCAUUAGCCUGCACAAAGAGAGUGGAGAGCUGCACAUCAACAUUGUUGAGGCGGAGAACAUUUCAGUGGAUUCAGGAUGUGAAGGCUAUAUAUCAGGAUGUGUGCGUAUCUCUAAAGAGCAAAAGCACUCCCAGACAGCAGUCCACAAGUUGGCAGCACGGGUACAGUGGGGUGAGGAGCUAGUGUUUGCUCUGCCCUUGGAUGGCACACAGGGACCUGGUGGUCUAGAUGGAGAGGUGGCCCUCUCCCUUCAUUGCUGUGAUCGAUUUUCCCAUAAUUCCACUCUGGGCACAAUGCGCUUUAAACUGGCUGAUGUGAGCAUGAUGUUGGACGCUGACUGCUGGGUUGACUUACAGCCACCCAAGCAGGAAGUGACAUCAUCAGCGGGAGAGCUAUUGUUGUCGCUCAGUUAUUUACCAGCGGCCAAUAGACUUGGAGUGGUUGUAAUGAAGGCUAGAGGACUUCUGUCAGACAAACUUAAAGACAACAUAGAUCUGUCAGUAAAGCUGACUCUGAAACAUCAAAAUACCAAGCUGAAGAAGAAGCAGACGCGGCGGGUGAAGCACAAGAUUAAUCCGGUCUGGAACGAGAUGAUGAUGCUGGAACUGCCCAGCGAGCUACUGCCUAAAUCCAGCAUUGAGUUGGAGGUACUGAACCUGGCCAGCCCCGGCACCCUGCUCCCUCUGGGCCGCUGCACGCUGGGUAUCCACACCUCCGGCACAGGCCUGCAGCACUGGAAACAGAUGCUAGAUAAUCCACGCAAGCAAAUUGCUAUGUGGCAUCCUCUGUAUGCCUAAUUUUGAUUAUUGAAAACCACCACAUUCAGGCACUACCUAAAUACUCAAUAACUUAAUAACUAAGUUCUCUGCAGAGGUCAGGGUAAAGAUAAAAGAAGACAGUCACUACAGUACUAAUAUUAUUAAACGGUAGUAGAGUGUUUUCAUGUAAGCAGUGCUGCAUUUACCUUUGGUGUUGUUGUCAGUGUGUUUUAAAUACUCAGUGCUACUAUAAAUUGGUGUGAUGUGGAGUCUAAUCUCCCAAUACAACUGCUAUACACAAAAUGGAUUGAAAAGCGACCUUCAAUGUGAGGAAACAUAUGAAUCCGAUCGGGGAAAGGUCAGACCACUGCAUCUCACCAGGUUUGACAGAUAACUUUCUCAUAAUUUAUCACAAAAUAGGACAUCAUUAAAGCCACAAUAUGGAAUAUUUGCACCGCUAGAUGGCGCACUUUCGAAACGACAACAAAAGGCGAAGCUAAAUGAGGUGAUGUAGGAGAGUGGAAUUAUGGACAUGUCGUUUUCACCAUCCAGAGGCGUAUGGAGAUCAUCAUAUUCAUGCACGAGGUAAUUAAUAAAUUUUAUUUUAUGUCAUCGUAAUGAAUUAGCUUGCAAGAAACGUGGAAUGUAAUGCUACGUUAGCCCGCGACUGAUAUUGGACAUUGUCCAUUGAUUUGGCAGCGUAAUGCUACACAGUUUUACAUGUUUAAAACAGUCAUGCAGUCGUCGUUUAAAAAGUAAAUUGGAAUGAACCCACAGCAUUUACAAGUAACGUUAUUGGCUACAUAUUUUUGUGCAACAUAUACUGUAUUUCAUAGGGUAACUGCAUUCAUAACUAUUCAAAUAAUCUGUGCAUGAGUAUUUCGUGUACAAUAAAAAAAAUGUGCUUACCUGUCUAUUAAAACACAUGUGAGAGCGGAGUCUCUGUCCAGUCCAAGUUGGUCGCGAAGCUCUCUCCAUUUAGAAAACUCCACGCUGAUAUUAAUCCUUGUUUUAUUUCUUCGUUUGUCCAUAAGCCUGCUUGCCUCGUUUGGCCUACGUUUAGACUUUUUUGGGUUUCCUUUAUUCGCCAAAGAGUAAACGUGAUCCAUAAUAACAGAACAACAGAUGCUGCAUCCUAGAUGCUGUAUAACCACUUCCGCAUUUGCGUGUUGCCUCUAGUUUCUACAACCGGAAACUGAGGGUAGUGCGGAGCACCAGAUAUUAAGUCACUGAUAUGCGACAAAUACAAGAGAGACAAGGGACGGGUCAUUAUUUUAAAUAGGAAUUUCUCUGGAUUUGCACAUUCUUGGGAACAUUUGGGAUAAUGUAAGUACACAACUGCAUGUAAUAUAUCACACUGUGCAAGUGAUUUUUGGAUAUUUCAUAACAAAAUUCUUCCAUAUUGUGGCUUUAACAUUAACACAACAAUGGCCACCAAUUGUAGAAUAUAGCUAUUUACCCUAUACUCAUCUAUACACCCUAUACUAAUAAUACAUCACUUCAUUAGCCUAAUCUACAGGGUCUCAUAAGGGCAGCUUUAUUUGUCUAAAGGUGCAUGGUUCUUAUAGAAUAAAAAAUCUAAUAUAUGUCUGUGUGGCUUAUUCUUCUAAUUGUUUUGUAAAUGUAUGACUGAAUCAUGUUUCUGCAAGCUAUAGUGGUGAUAUUAACAUUUCCACUGUGAAAACAGUCAAGUUUUUUUGCAGGAUGCAGGUUCAGUGAUCGUGAUGAGAACACUCAGAUUGCAAAUCUUAUUAGGUCUAUAAAUGAACAGCAAAUGGCUUUUUUCAAAUGUAAGUGACAAUGAUCAAACACAGAUACUCACCACAGCUGCUAUUUCAUCCAAUGCCAAAACCAAACUAUACAUAUGUAUAUUUUGUGCUUCUUGGAUAUACACUGACACAUGCAUAAACAGUAAUAUGCUAGAACCAAAUAGCAGCUCUAUGGGAGUUUUUAGCUCAGUCACACUGGAUAUUUACUAAAGUAUUUAUUAUGUGUGUUUUACUGUUAUUCGUUUUGUGUGAUCUGGUAACACUAUAAUCUUCAAUAGGAACCGAUCAUAAUUUUAUUGAAUCUGAUAUCAUCAACCUAUAAGGAAGGGCGAUGCACUCAUGCAGGUUUUUAAAUUCUGUGCAAUGUUUUAAUUGCUGAUAAUUUUCUUCGUUAUUAGAGAAAUAUCAGUUAUCUGUACAAUAUUUUGAUAGCAAAUUCAAGCUUUUAAGAUAUUUUUUAAAUUGUUUCCUUGGGUAGCAAUAAGCUUAAGCAGUGCAAAUUCUCAAUGCUGCAUGGCAUUUCUUCUUGAUUUAUAUGGCAUGAUUAUUGCAAAUUACAUGUUAGAACUCUCAUGAUCAAAUUUAGAAUACUUCUGUAUUUGUUCAUUUGCAGGCAUGGCAUAUGUAAUAUGUUAUAAUCACUGAAACCUGUUCCAUCCAUAUAACUUUGAACCCUCUAGGAAUUUCAUACUGAAAUCAGUUCCUAUUCCUUUUUAAGCCACUGUCGCUGCUUUUUGUGAAACAAAUAGUUUUGGUGUGAAAUAAAUAUUAAUUUCUCUA